AUGGCGGCCCUGAGGAUAGCUCUCCUGUUGAGCUUGCUGCUUCAGGCGGAAGGCCGGAACAUCUACUGCCCGGACCAGUGCGAGUGUGUGACCGUCUCACGGAUUGAACCACCGUCCUGGCCGCUCAAGGUGUACAUGUUCAAGUACAGCUGGCCGGACGGAAGUAAAGCGAUGGGCUGCUGGUCCAGGAAGACCAUUCCUCUGCAGCUUCCUACAGACCUAAACUACCUGAUUCUCCACGGAGAUCGUUCCGGGACGGGAGAUCCCGGGUACAUGGGGGACAUGCCUCUGGUGUUCUCCGUCAGGAAGAGAAGCGUCAACAACCGAGCCAUCAACACCAUCUUCCAGGGCGCCUUCCAGCGGCUCGGGAUGUUAUUUCACCUGGACAUCGAGGGCAACGAGAUAGACGCAAUCAACGACAACGAUUUCAAGGACCUGGUCCACCUGUACAUCCUGGACCUUAGCGACAACAACAUCCGCAGGAUUUCCCAAGAUUCCUUUCGUGGCCUCUACAGCCUCCAAGUCAUCGACAUCUCUCGCAAUUAUCUGACGUCACUUCCGGUGGGUGUCUUUGAACCCGUGACCUCCAUAGUCGAGCUCUAUUUAGAUGACAACGACAUCAGUACCAUCCCUCCGAAUAUCUUCCAACCUCUCCACAAUCUUCGCUACUUCAACAUUUCCAGCAAUCGCCUGCGGGAGAUUCCGGACGGAAUGUUCUCCGGUCUCGGCUCUGUUAUGGAACUGUAUGCUGACGACAAUGAAUUCCGCCAGGUGGCGUCUCACAACCUUCGCGGACUGGAGAGGGUUGGGAUCCUCUCUCUCAGGUCAAACGAGAUUAUGACCUUGAACGGCUCUUUGAACUCGACUGUCCGGUCCUUGACAACCGUUGAUCUGUCUGUCAAUCAAAUAUCUCUCAUAGAUGAAACGUUUUUCUCCGGGCUGCAGAAUUUGUCUGUGUUACAUCUAACGGACAACAGGAUACGGGCUGUACGCGGGAACCUCUUCAAGAAUCUGCCAAGCUUGAAGGACCUUAGCCUCGCCCGGAAUGACAUCAGCAUCAUCACAAGAGACACCUUCCUGGACCUGACGGCACUGCAACUCCUGGACCUGUCGCAUAAUCAGAUUGCUUACCUUUACAAGAACAUGUUCUUCGGAAUGACCAGCCUGCACGAGCUACAUCUGGAGAAUAAUCGCAUACAGGACUUGGAAGGCGGGGCGUUCCAGCUGGGGUCCAUUCUGCACAUGUCCAAAGUCAUGUGGCUGUACCUCAACAACAAUCAAAUCAGGUACCUGCGGCCAUCAGCUUUCUAUGGUCUUCCCUACCUGAAGACCCUGGACCUCUCUUUCAACAACAUCGCAAUGAUUCACUCAGAGGCGUUCCGAAAAAUGCUGACGCUCCAGAACCUCUACCUCCAACACAACAAACUUGCCGAGAUUCCCCAAAUGGCUAUCAUGAGGCUGAAAAGCUUGGUUAGCGUCAACAUGGCGGGGAACAAGAUCGACAACAUCGGCGGCCAUGACUUCAUGGGGCUGAUGAACAUCCGGGACAUCAAUCUCGAGAACAACGAGAUCUCGAAUAUCACGAGAGUUGCGUUCUACGACCUCCACUACCUUCGGAGUCUGAAUCUGCGCGGGAACGACAUGAGAGAAUUUGACAUGAAUCUUUUUGACAAACAUCUCUACUUGCGGGAGUUACUUCUCGACGGGAACGACAUCACGUACUUUUCUGCCUUGAAUUCGCCAGUGAAGCUCUCUCGUCUGUCAUUGGCGGACAAUAAUCUGGAAACCAUGGAAACCAGCACGCUCAGCAUCAUGGCGUCCAGGGGGAGGCUGAAUUUGGCGGGAAACCCCUGGUUCUGUGGGUGUAGUCUUCGCUGGCUCUGGUCCUUGGUGACGGCAAACGACAACUUCAAUCAGCUGGUUGAAGCCGAGAAAAUGACUUGUGCUGGACCUUCGUCGUUGCAACAUCGAACCAUUUCCAGUCUGGACCCCGCAGACGUCAGCUGCUCCAGAGUUCUACAGAAUGUGAACACACCUUCGGCUGAAGAUAUCUUUGAACUACCGCCAGGUGUUCCAUGUGAAAGAUCAGGGAAGAAGAGUCGCUGGCCGUGGUACGCCAUCAUCUGGGACGUUGUACAAGACCGUCCCCGGUGUGCGGGAGCGCUCCUAGCGGAGAGGUGGGUGUUGACAGCCGCCAGCUGUGUGCAGACGAACGGUGACGUCCGGACGGACAUCGUGGUCAAGAUUGGCAAGCUGAGGAACCUCCAUAAGGAAGACAUAACGGAAAGGAAGUUCAAGGUGGUGCAGGUGCAGGUCGACCCUGAGAAUGACGCCCGUGGCCACACCCUAGCCAUGAUAAAAAUUGACCUUGGAUCAGAACAGGCCGGCCAGCCCAUCUGCGUUUCCCAGCAAGUCCGAGUGGGGGCGCAAAAGAAGCUGUUCACCUCCAUGUGGGGUCGCACCGAGGAUCACAUUGAGAAGCCAGCGCGGUUGUACGUCAUGAGGCUGAGAUCGUGGCCGUGUGCGGGCCAGCCCAGGAACCACAUACCGACCCCGGGACAGACAGCGUGCGCGGUGAGGAACGACAAGAAGGCGCUGAUCGACACGCCGGAGUUUGACGGCGUCGGGUCGCCCGUGGUCGCCAGGCAACAGAACACCUGGUACCUGUACGGCAUCAAAACGGCAGACGACCACGGACUGGGCGUGUCCUAUGUCAAAAUAGCCGACUUCUGGAAGUGGAUAGUCUUAACCGCAAUAGGGUGAAAACUAAAAACAAACCAGGCUGGCAGAUCAUGUUAUAAGAAAAUCCCUAACUAUGCAACUGUCUAUAUAUACAUUUGUAUGUAAUUGGAUUAUUUGGACCGUAUAUUCCUUUUCCUUCUAUUGUGUAGUAAGAAAACCUUUGAACGCCCGCUUUUGGUUGUUUAUAUAUUAUAACGUUUUCCAAAGAACUCGUAUAUCACAGUUCAAGAAGGUGCAGUAAGAUGCAAAUGUGGUAUAUAUACAGCACAUACACACACACACACACACACACACACACACACACACACACACAC